AGGGGCGGCCGCGGCCUCCGUAGCGGCAACAGACAAGAAGCUGCGCGGCCCGGGUUUCCAGCCGGGCCGUUUUCUCCGACGGGCCCCAGCAUGGCUGCCCCCAGGGCUGCGGGCCGGAUGGCUGCUGCACUUUGGCUUUCCUGACAUCCCCUGGCUUCUGUGCUCUCCUUGCCUUCCCCGGGCCAUCCCAGCAGACAUGUUUGCCAAGGCCUUUCGGGUCAAGUCCAACACGGCCAUCAAGGGGUCGGACAGGAGAAAGCUUCGAGCUGAUGUGACAGCUGCUUUCCCCACCCUUGGAACUGAUCAGGUUUCUGAGUUAGUACCUGGAAAGGAAGAACUCAACAUUCUGAAGUUGUAUGCUCACAAAGGAGAUGCAGUGACCGUGUACAUGAGUGGUGGUAACCCCAUCUUAUUUGAACUGGAGAAAAAUCUGUAUCCAACAGUAUACACGCUGUGGUCCUAUCCUGAUCUUCUACCAACCUUUACAACAUGGCCUCUGGUACUCGAAAAACUGGUAGGGGGAGCAGAUUUGAUGCUGCCAGGACUAUUUGUACCCCCUGCUGGUCUGCCACAGGUACAGAAAGGGGACCUCUGUGCCAUUGCCUUGGUGGGGAACAGAGCCCCAGUAGCAAUUGGAGUUGCUACCAUGUCCACAGCUGAGAUGCUGACUUCAGGCCUGAAGGGAAGGGGCUUCUCUGUGCUCCACACUUACCAGGACCAUUUGUGGCGGUCUGGAGACAAGUCCUCUCCACCUUCCAUCGCUCCACGGGCCCAGGAUCCCACAGAUCUCAGUGAAGAGAAGGGGUCUAUCCAGGUGAAUCCCACCCUGCAGGAAGACAUGGGGCACCUGACCCUGGAGGGAGAGGAGGAGGCGAAUGGGGAGGUCCAUCAGGUGUGUGGGGAGAGGCCCCUCUCAGAAGCCUCAGAAGACACCAGUACUGGAGGCCUGAAUCAUGGCUCCACAGACAGCAAAACCCUUCAAGAGCAAAUGGAUGAAUUAUUACAGCGAUGUUUCUUGCAUGCUUUGAAGUGCCGAGUCAAAAAGGCUGACCUCCCUUUGCUGACCAGCACGUUCCUCGGCAGCCACAUGUUCUCCUGCUGCCCUGAAGGACGACAAUUGGACAUAAAGAAGUCAAGCUACAAAAAGCUCUCUAAGUUCCUGCAGCAAAUGCAGCAGGAGCAGAUUAUACAGGUGAAGGAGCUGAGCAAAGGGGUGGAGAGCAUUGUGGCUGUGGACUGGAGACACCCAAGGAUCACAUCUUUCGUCAUGCCCGAGCCCUCCCCGACCUCUCAGACUAUCCAGGAGGGUAGCAGGGAACAGCCCUAUCACCCUCCAGAUAUAAAAUCCCUCUACUGUGUCCCAGCCAGCAUGACCCUGCUCUUCCAGGAGUCUGGCCACAAGAAGGGGAGCAUUCUGGAGGGCAGCGAGGUCCGAACCAUCGUCAUUAACUAUGCCAAGAAAAACGACCUGGUUGAUGGAAACAACAAAAACCUCGUAAAGUUGGAUCCCAUCCUAUGUGACUGCAUCUUAGAGAAAAAUGAACAGCGCACAGUCAUGAAGCUUCCAUGGGACAGUCUCCUGACCAGAUGUUUGGAAAAAUUACAACCUGCCUAUCAAGUGAUCUUUCCCGGACAAGAGCCCAUUGUGAAGAAAGGGAAAAUCUAUCCAAUUGACAUCACCCUAGCACAGAGAGCUUCUAAUAAAAAGGUGACUGUGGUCCGGAACUUGGAGACCUAUGGUCUAGAUCCAUGCUCAGUGGCUGCCAUCCUCCAGCAGCGAUGCCAGGCUAGCACCACCGUCACUCCUGCCCCUGGGGCCAAGGACAGCCUGCAGGUGCAGAUCCAGGGAAACCAGAUCCACCACCUCAACUGGCUAUUGCGUGAAGAAUAUCAGAUCCCUCGAAAAUACAUCCAAGGCCUAGAGAAGGCCCCCAAACCUGGCAAGAAGAAGUGACUUUGUUUCAUGUAGCAGAUCAAGUGGAAAUCCAACCUUUGGGCUGGUAAUUUUUAUGAACAUUUUCAACUUUUGCAAAUACAAAAUAUAAUUCUUUACCAAAAUAAAUUUUUAUUCUAAUCUAA